UUCACAUGCUAUCAACACAUUGCAUGUUGCUUUGCUGCUGCUAGCAUUUCCACAACAUGGGAAAGCACAGUGACAGCGUGCUGGUUUAUUCAUGAAGUCUAGCAUGCUGGAAUGAAGACAGAAUAACAGUUUGCACAGUUUCUAUUUUGUUUUUGUAGGAGAAGCUGACAAAAUGGUGAAGGAGCAGUUCAGAGAGACAGAUGUGGCCAAAAAAAUAAGCCACAUCUGCUUUGGGAUGAAGUCAGCUGAGCAGAUGCGUCAGCAGGCCCACAUCCAGGUGGUCAGUAAGAAUCUGUACAGCCAAGACACCAAACACACUCCACUGCCCUAUGGAGUGUUGGACCACCGUAUGGGCACCAGUGAGAAGGACAGACCCUGUUUGACGUGUGGGAAGAAUCUCGCAGACUGUCUGGGACAUUACGGCUACUUGGAUCUGGAGCUGCCAUGUUUUCAUGUUGGCUAUUUCAAAGCCAUUAUUGGAAUCUUACAGAUGAUUUGUAAGACGUGCUCGAGCAUCAUGCUGUCCAAGGAAGAGAAACUACAGUUCAUGGAUUUCUUGAAACGACCCAACCUGGCCUACCUCCAGAAGCGUGGGUUGAAGAAGAAGAUCUCUGAUAAAUGCCGCAAAAGGACAAUUUGUCUGAGUUGUUCCGCCUUCAAUGGUCCAGUGAAAAAGUGCGGCCUGCUGAAGAUCAUCCACGAGAAGUAUAAGACCACCAAGAAGGUGGUGGAUGUUUUCGUGUCCGAGUUCAUGCAGUCCUUUGAUAUCGCCAUCGAACACAACAAAGUGAUGGAGCCUCUGCUGACCAGAGCUCAGGAGAAUCUGAACCCUCUGGUGGUGCUCAACUUGUUCAAGAGGAUUCCCCAAGAAGACGUCCCGCUGCUGCUGAUGAACCCCGAGGCUGGGAAACCCGCUGACCUCAUCCUCACCCGCCUCCUAGUGCCCCCUCUCUGCAUACGCCCGUCUGUGGUCAGCGACCUGAAGUCGGGCACAAAUGAGGAUGACUUGACUAUGAAGCUCACUGAGAUCAUCUUCCUCAAUGAUGUCAUCAAAAAGCAUCGUAUGACAGGGGCAAAGACUCAGAUGAUCAUGGAGGACUGGGACUUCCUCCAGCUGCAGUGCGCUCUCUACAUCAACAGCGAGCUCUCUGGCAUUCCUCUCAACAUGGCACCCAAGAAAUGGACCAGAGGCUUUGUGCAGAGACUCAAGGGGAAGCAAGGUCGAUUCAGAGGGAACCUCUCGGGGAAGAGAGUGGACUUUUCUGGAAGAACCGUCAUUUCCCCGGAUCCUAAUCUGAGGAUCGAUGAGGUGGCCGUCCCCGUGCAUGUGGCCAAAAUUCUGACCUACCCUGAGAAGGUGAACAAAGCCAACCUGGAGCUGAUGAGGAAACUCGUCCGAAACGGUCCUGAAGUUCACCCCGGAGCAAACUUUAUCCAGAAUCGACACACGCAGAUGAAAAGGUUUUUAAAAUAUGGAAACCGUGAGAAGAUGGCUCAGGAGCUGAGGUUCGGUGACGUGGUGGAAAGGCACCUGAUCGACGGAGACAUUGUUCUCUUCAAUCGACAGCCUUCUCUGCACAAACUCAGCAUCAUGGCCCACAUCGCCAGAGUCAAACCACACAGAACAUUCCGCUUCAACGAGUGUGUGUGCACCCCGUACAAUGCCGACUUUGACGGGGACGAAAUGAACCUCCAUCUACCUCAGACUGAAGAGGCUAAAGCCGAAGCCCUCGUCCUGAUGGGGACAAAGGCUAAUCUUGUCACUCCGAGAAAUGGCGAACCUCUGAUUGCUGCUAUUCAGGACUUUCUGACAGGCGCCUACCUCUUGACCUUGAAGACACCUUCUUCGACCGAUCAAAAAGCCUGUCAGAUUGUGGCGUCCAUCCUGGUGGGCAAAGAUGAAAAAGUCAAAAUCUCUCUGCCAGGUCCGGCUAUCGUGAAGCCCAUAGCUCUGUGGACGGGCAAACAGAUCUUCAGCAUGAUCCUGAAGCCGAAAGACUGUCCUGUCAAAGCUAACCUGCGAACCAAAGGAAAACAGUACUGUGGGAAGGGAGAGGACCUUUGCCACAAUGACUCAUUUGUGGUGAUUCACAACAGCGAGCUGAUGUGUGGCAGUCUGGACAAAGGCACCUUGGGAUCAGGCUCCAAGAACAACAUCUUCUACAUCUUGCUGAGGGACUGGGGACAGCUGGAGGCCGCCAACGCCAUGUCUCGUCUGGCAAGACUUGCUCCAGUCUUCCUCUGUAGCCACCGGGGCUUUUCUAUUGGAAUUGGUGAUGUGACACCUGGCCAGGGCCUGCUGCAGGAACAUGACCUGCUGGACGACGGUUACAAGAAGUGUGACGAAUACAUCGAAGCCUUAAAGACAGGCAAGCUGCAGCAGCAACGCUGCACGGCAGAGGAAACUCUGGAGGCUCUCAUCCUUAGAGAGCUAUCCGUCAUCAGAGACAGAGCAGGUAGCGCCUGCCUACGUGAACUGGACAAGAGCAACAGCCCUCUGAUCAUGGCUCUCUGCGGCUCUAAAGGAUCCUUUAUUAAUAUCUCUCAGAUGAUUGCAUGUGUGGGCCAGCAGGCCAUAAGUGGCUCUCGAGUGCCUGAUGGUUUUGAGAAUCGCUCCCUGCCUCACUUUGAAAAACACUCGAAGCUGCCCGCUGCUAAAGGCUUUGUGGCCGACAGCUUCUAUGAUGGCCUGACACCAACAGAGUUCUUCUUUCACACCAUGGCUGGUCGGGAGGGUCUGGUGGACACUGCUGUGAAAACUGCCGAGACCGGAUACAUGCAGAGACGUCUGGUGAAGUCCCUGGAGGAUCUGUGCUCACAGUACGACCUGACAGUACGCAGCUCCACAGGAGACAUCAUCCAGUUUAUUUAUGGCGGUGACGGUCUGGACCCUGCUGCCAUGGAAGGGAAGGAUGAGCCGCUGGAGUUUAAGAGAGUCUUAGACAACAUCCGGGCCGUCUACACAUGUCCCGACGAGCCGGCGCUCAGUCAGAACGAGUUAGUCCUCACUGCAGACUCCAUCAUGAAGCGAGCAGACUUUAUGUGCUGCAGAGACAGCUUCCUGGAGGAGAUAAAGAAAUUCAUCAAGAGCAUCUCAGAAAGGAUCAAGAAGACCAGAGACAAGUAUGGCAUCAACGAUAAUGGCACAAGCGAGCCAAAAGUUCUCUAUCAGUUGGACCGCAUCACUCCCACCCAGCUGGAGAAGUUCCUUGAAACCUGCAGAGACAAGUACAUGAGGGCUCAGAUGGAACCCGGCUCAGCAGUUGGAGCCCUUUGUGCCCAGAGCAUUGGAGAGCCCGGUACUCAGAUGACCCUUAAAACCUUCCACUUUGCCGGUGUAGCCUCCAUGAAUAUCACUCUGGGUGUUCCUCGUAUCAAAGAGAUCAUCAAUGCUUCCAAGAAUAUCAGCACCCCUAUAAUCACUGCUCAUUUGGACGUGGAGGACGACGCUGACUUUGCGAGGCUGGUGAAAGGUCGGAUUGAGAAAACUCUACUAGGAGAGAUUUCCGAGUACAUUGAAGAAGUCUUUCUGCCGGAUGACUGUUUCAUCUUGGUGAAGUUGUCACUUGAAAGAAUUCGACUUCUGCGACUGGAGGUAAACGCAGAGACAGUGCGUUACUCCAUCUGCAUGUCUAAACUCCGAGUGAAACCAGGAGACAUCGCUGUGCAUGGUGAGGCGGUAGUGUGUGUGUCCCCGCGGGAGAACAACAAAAGUUCCAUGUACUACGUGCUGCAGUCACUGAAAGAGGAACUUCCUAAGGUGGUGGUUCAAGGAAUACCAGAGGUUUCCCGAGCCGUCAUUCACAUCGACGAGCAGAGCGGCAAGAACAAGUACAAGCUCCUGGUGGAAGGGGACAACAUGCGAGCUGUCAUGGCAACACAUGGAGUGAAUGGAAGCAGGACUACUUCAAACAAUACAUAUGAGGUUGAGAAGACUCUGGGUAUCGAGGCUGCAAGAUCCACCAUCAUCAACGAGAUCCAGUACACCAUGGUGAACCACGGGAUGAGCAUAGACCGGCGUCAUGUCAUGCUGCUGGCAGAUCUCAUGUCCUACAAGGGGGAGAUUCUCGGGAUCACAAGGUUCGGUUUGGCCAAAAUGAAAGAGAGCGUCCUCAUGCUGGCGUCUUUUGAGAAAACAGCUGACCAUCUCUUUGAUGCUGCGUACUUUGGCCAAAAAGACUCCGUCUGUGGUGUGUCUGAGUGCAUCAUAAUGGGGAUACCUAUGAAUAUUGGGACAGGACUGUUUAAACUUCUACACAAGGCGGACAAGGAUCCGUCUCCAGCUAAAAGGCCACUCCUCUUCGACAGCCCAGAAUUUCAUGUACCUUUGAUCAGGUAGCAUUGAGGAAAAAGAGCAAGCUCAAGGUAGAUUUUUUUUCCCACAGCUUUCUGUCCACAGACAUCUGAAUCUGUAGAAAAUACUGAAGUGCCUGCCAAAGUGUGCCACGACUUCCUUUUGGGGAUCUCACGGAAAAAAAGAAAAGUCAUCUUUUCUGCCAUGACGUUGCUGAUUUCAAAAGCUGCAUUUUGAUUCAAAAUAGCAGCUAUGGCAUGAAGGACAUAGUACAGGAGCUCAUUAUUUCAGUUUGGAUCCAGUUAACUUCAAGGACAGAUGAAAUGCAUAAUUUUUUUCUUCUUGUUUGAAUGAUGGCUCGUCUCCUGUUAUUUACUCCCAACAAAGUCUCUUGUCCCCCCAUAAUGACGCUGAACACUGAGUUUUGGAAGUGUUUAGUAUCCUCAAUGUAACUGCAGCCAUGGGAAGAUUAUAUCUUUAAUCAUGGAGCAUUUUGGUUUGCAACUUUGUAUUCCAGUGGAGUACAAACUGGGUUUUUUUUUGUAAGCAUUGCAGCAUAAAAUAGACAUUCUAGGCUUUUCAUCGCACUGUAAAACUCAUACAAGGAAUGAGGUUAGUUAUUCUUUCCCUAUCAUCCUUUAUGAAGUUGGUCACAUAAUUUAAUAUUGUAAAUAAUGUAAUAAAAAUAAAUGACCUGGAAAAUCUU